AUGCCCAAGUGUAAAGUCUGCGGUGGCGUAAACUUCAUCAAAGAUAUUGCUAAUGCCAAUAAUGACACUGUUUGCCAGGACUGUGGUACAGUUGCCGAAGACAAUCCCAUCGUAUCCGAGGUGACCUUUGGGGAAUCAAGCUCGGGUGCAGCUGUGGUCCAUGGGAGCUACGUUGGUGCCGGACAAUCUCAUGCUGCAUUUGGGCCCCGCGGAGGGUCUUCUGCUCUAGAAUCACGCGAAGCAACGAUUAACAACGCGCGCAGAAAGUUUCGAGCUGUGUCGCACGCGCUGAACAUUCCAGAGUACGUGAGUGAGGCAGCAACGCAGUGGUAUACGCUAGCACUGGCGAAUAACUUUGUUCAGGGUCGGCGGUCUCAGAACGUAAUAGCCGCGUGUCUCUACAUCGCUUGCAGAAAGGAAAAAACCCAUCAUAUGUUGAUUGAUUUCUCGUCACGGUUACAAGUCUCCGUUUACUCUAUAGGGGCCACGUUUCUGAAGAUGGUGAAAGUCUUGCACAUAAGCAAUCUACCAUUAACAGAUCCAUCACUGUUUAUCCAACAUUUUGCGGAAAAGUUGGACCUCGGGGACAAGAAGAUUAAGGUAGUAAGAGAUGCAGUUAAGUUGGCGCAAAGAAUGGCAAAGGACUGGAUGUACGAAGGUCGACGUCCUGCCGGUAUUGCCGGUGCUUGCCUACUCCUGGCCUGUCGUAUGAAUAACUUGCGCAGAACCCAUUCUGAAGUGGUUGCUGUCUCACAUGUGGCUGAGGAAACAUUACAACAGCGUUUAAACGAAUUUAAAAACACUAAAUCUGGUAAGCUUUCCAUCAAUGAAUUCCGGGAUAACGAUGACUCAAAGAACGAUACAGAGUCACAGCCACCUUCUUUUCAGCGAAAUCGUAUCAAAGAAAAAAAAAUGCGCCUAAAGACCUUAGAAAAUGAAUUCGAAACUAGUGAGGAGGCCCUUAAUAGAAAUCCGAUACUAUCUCAAGUUUUGGGAGCUCAGGAACUGUCGUCAAGGGAGGUGCUAUACUAUUUGAAACAAUUUUCGCAGCGAAGAGAGAAGAAUCCUCAAAACGCGGAGACGGAUCCCCAGACGGUGGGGGGCUCUGUGGAGGCCAGAGAAGACGAAAAUGCAAACACAACUUCAAUACCGCCGGCGGUGGAUUCUGAGAGAUCCCUAAACAACGACGAGACGCGAGUAAAUUCUCAGGGCGCUCAAUCUCAUCCCGAGGACUAUUCACGAUUUCAGGAUGCCAUUGACGGCUAUUCGAUUGACACCGAUCCUCAUCGUCCUCGUAAUUUACACCUUUUGCCCACCACGUCCUCGCUUUUGGCCAAGAUUGCGGAUGAUCCUGAAGAUUUACUGGAUGUAGAUGACGAGGAGCUGGACUCCCAACUGUUAGAUGAAGAAGCCUCCAAACUCAAGGAACGUAUCUGGAUUGGUAUCAACGGUGAUUUUCUCCUAGAACAGGAGUCGAACCGGCUCAAGCAAGAGGCCGACCUUGCUUCAGGAAAUGCAUCUGCCAAGAAACGUGGCGGGCCACGUCGCAGGCGGAAGCCUGCGUCAGAUGCAGAGGGCGUUCUUGCCGAUCUAAAGGACGACUCUGGAUUGCAGGCCGCGUUGAAACUCGCCGAAGACGGCGGAGACAUCACUACGGCAGAUAACGUUAAAAACAUGAUACAGAAAUCGAGCUUCUCGAAAAAGAUCAACUAUAAUGCUAUUGAUGGUCUCUUUGGUAGCUCAUGA